AUGAUCCCUCCCGGCUCCGACGACUCGCCAUUGAAAACCUCUGGCACUAGCUUUGUUUCAGGCCAUGAGGAUCCGACGGCCAUCUUAGACGAUUUCGAUACCCAAAGUCAUGCAAGUUCCCGCGACCUCGGUAGCACACAAACCGGCGACCCCGCGACGGGCCCGGACAUCGGUGCUGAGGGCCCGCACGACGAGGCCACCCAAGAUGCCGACAACCCGAACUCGGGCCCGUCCGCGGAGAAGGAUGACAAGCCGGCCUGGAGCGAGAUGAAGACCAAGGCCGGCAAGGAGCGCAAGCGCCUCCCGCUCGCCUGUAUCGCGUGCCGGCGGAAGAAGAUCCGAUGCUCGGGCGAGAAGCCCGCCUGCAAGCACUGCACUCGAUCGCGGAUUCCCUGCGUAUAUAAAGUGACCACGAGGAAGGCUGCCCCGCGGACCGAUUAUAUGGCAAUGCUGGACAAGCGUCUGAAACGCAUGGAGGAUCGUGUCAUCAAGACGAUCCCCAAGGACGAGUCGCGAGAUAUGGCUUCCAUCGGGAGGUCGGUGGUCAAGCCCUCCGCCUCGAGCCAGGUGUCCAAGGUGCAGAAGAAGCGAAGUGCAGAUGAGGCUUUUGCCGCGGAAAUGGAUGGAUGGUCUCGAGAAGAGCGUCGCACGCCACAUGAGACGUUCCCCAUGAAUCGCGAAAUCAAGUCCACUGAUGGAUCCGGGCUGUUGACCGAAGGCGCUGAGUUCUUGCCUUCUUUGGAAAUACAGGAACACUUGGCGGAGGUCUUUUUCGACUGUGUGUAUGGGCAGUCGUAUCUUCUGCUGCACAAGCCUAGCUUCAUGCGCCGCCUCAAAUCCGGCACCGUUCCCCCGGUCCUCAUCCUCGCCGUAUGCGCCGUGUCCGCGCGAUUUUCCACCCACCCCCAACUCAACUCUGAACCUCCUUUCCUCCGAGGCGAGAAUUGGGCCAAUCCUGCUGCUGCCAUUGCUCUCAGCCGACAUGACGAACCCAACAUUACCAUUCUUACUGUUUUCCUGCUGCUCGGUCUUCACGAAUUCGGAACAUGUCACGGUGGACGAAGUUGGUCGUUUGGAGGCCAGGCACUGAGAAUGGCAUACGCUUUGCAGCUCCAUCAAGAGCUAGAAUGUGAUCCAUUGAUUGGUCAGAAUAGUUCUAGCUCACAGCUGAGCUUUACUGACCGUGAGAUCCGGCGACGAACGAUGUGGGCUUGCUUCUUGAUGGAUCGCUACAACUCUUCCGGAAGUCAGCGUCCGCCCAUUGGAAACGAGAAGUUCUUACAUAUCCAGCUACCUAUCAAGGAAACGCAUUUCCAGAUGGAGAUUCCCGGACCCACGGAAGAUUUGGAUGGCGAUAUCCCUAACCCUGCACCCGAGGAUUCGGGGCAAUUAUCGAACGCUUCGGAAAACAUGGGCGUGUCGGCUUACAUUAUUCGCGCCAUUGUGAUCUGGGGUCGCAUUGUCGAUUAUCUGAACCUUGGUGGGAAGCGAAAAGAUUCGCAUCCUUUCUGGCAUCCGGAUUCCGGCUACAUGCAACUCAAGCGGCAGAUCGAAGAAUUCUCGUCUUCUCUCCCGAACUCUUAUGCUUUCACCUACGAGAACCUCCAAAUUCAUGCCGCUGAGAAGAUCGCCAACCAGUUCUUGUUCCUCCACAUCAUCAUCCAUCAGAACAUGCUGUUUCUGAACCAGUUCGCUAUUCCCCUGUCUCCCGGUGGUCGACCACCUAGGGAUAUGCCCAAGCCCUUUCUUAGCAAUGCCGGCCGAGCGGCUGUCGAGGCUGCCCACCAUAUUUCGGUACUUUUCGAUCGAGCUUCAGCCUAUCCGCUGACUGUGCCUUUUGCUGGUUACUGUGCAUAUACAGCCAGUACAGUUCACAUCUGGGGUAUCUUUUCCAAGAAUGUGCAGUUGGAAGCACGUUCAAAGGAAAACCUCCGACAUACAUACCGCUACCUCAACAAGAUGAAAAAUUACUGGGGCAUGUUCCACUACAUGGUCGAAAGUGCCAAGGACAGAUAUAGACAAUUCGCCGAUGCAGCCAUCAAGGGCUCAGUAGCCACUCAAAAUGGCACUUCCUUGGCUCCGAUGUUCCAAUACGGCGACUGGUUCGACAAAUACCCUCAUGGUGUGUCAAGACUUCAUUGGGAAGACCCAGACACCCGUCACAAGGAAACAGGCGAAGACGCCGUCAUGGGCCAGAAACCCGAUCUCCAAAGCGUAGAAGACUUCUUCGCCAGCCUCUCACCAACCCCCAAACCGGUCCUCCCGCGCAAACCUCGCUCGCGCAAGAACAGCAAGAUCUCCGAAGGAACUCCCAACGUGGACCAAACCUCCCCACAAUCCAUGGACGUGACAAUGGGAAGUGCCCCCGGUGUCCCAGGCAGCGCCUUCCCACAGCCAUCCCUCUACAACCAAAACCGACCCAUGCAAUUCGGCCAAUCCCCCUUCGACUUCAGUAUCCCACCUGACCAACUGCCGCAACUGGACCGACAAUUCGUCUACGGCUCCUUCUCGGACUUCGAUCCAAACUCGUUCGUCCCCAACAACCCCCCAAUCCCACCUGCCCCGGUCAACGGUGUCGAAUCCCAGGCUUCAGACCACACCCUCUUCACCGGCCAGCUAGACCCCAGCGCACCCGCCGGAACAGGCGAAUUCUACCAACCCAGCGCAUGGUUUCUCCCCUUUCAACCUCGACCCGGUUGGCGGCGGAAAUCCACCACCCAUGGGACCCGGUUCAAAUCCACCGCCUCCGCCUGGAGCCCCGACAGGCUCUGUCCCCGGUGCUGGGGGUGGUGCCUCCGGUGGUAUGGGCGAUAUGUCCGGGUUCGGCAGGCCAUUGAGUGCCUAUGA